AUGUCAUUAUUGUAUGUUAAAUCUUACUCUUAUUAGAUUAAAUCUGAAUUACCAUAAAUUACAACAUAAUUGAAGAUUCAUCGUAAUUCUUAAAUUAUUGAAGAAUGUCCUAAAAAUUAAAAUGUAAAUGAGAAACUUAAAGGAGAUAAAAGAGUAUCCUACAUUUUAGGAAUAUUUAAAACUUUUAAUAAGUCAUUUCUAGUAUUAGUUGAAGAAUGUACAAAAGUUGCAACAAUAAAAGAAUAAAUCAUAUAUUAAAUAGAUUAAGUUUCAUAUUAUGCAAUUGAAGUAUUAUUUUAAUUCAUUCCAGGAUUAAAACAUUUAGAAUAAAGAUAUCUUAGAGAGUUUAGGAAAUCAAAAGAAAUUAUUAUAAUAAGGAUUUUAUUUUUCCAUAAAUGGUGAUAUUACCCUUGCAAGACAUUUUAACAAAUUUGAAAAUAGUUUUGUUUGGAAUUAGAAAUUAUUAAGUGGAUUUAGAGAAAAUAAACUUUCAUCUAGUUGGUAAUUACCUAUGAUUUAAGGAUAUGUAGAAUAAAUAGAAUCAUAUAUAGACAAAUAAUUAAUUACUGUAGUUUUGAUAUCUAGAAGAAGUAGAUUUAUGGGAGGAACACGAUAUUAUUCAAGAGGAAUAAAUGAUGAUGGACAUGUGGCUAAUUUUAUAGAAACAGAAUAGAUUCUAAUUAAAGGAGAAAUUAUAAUCAGUUUUGUUGCUAUACGUGGUUCAGUACCUAUAUUUUGGAAUCAAGAUGGUGUUUCAAGUAUAAAAUUGACAAGAUCAAAAGAACUUACAUAAGCUGCUUUUGUAAAACACUUUAAUUUACUUAGAAGAUAUGGUUAAAUAUAUUGUGUUAAUUUAAUGUAAAAUAAUAAAUAAAUUGAAUAAUUAUUAACAGAGAAUUUUUAUUAUUAAUAUUAAUAAAGUUAAUUAGAUCAUGUUAAAUAUUAAUAAAUUGAUUUUCAUGCUCAUAUAAAAAAUGGUAAAUCUACAGGAUUAAAUUUAUAUAUAUAAUAAUUUAAAAACACACUUGAAUAAUAUUCAUAAUAUUAUGAAAAAGAUCAUUAAAUAGUUAAUUAAUAGAAAGGUGUAUUUAGAAUAAAUUGUUUAGAUUGUUUAGAUAGAACUAAUUUAUUUAUGAGUAAACUAUUUUUAUUUAGUUUAAAUUUAUCUUUAAAGGAUGAAAGGUUAUAAUUGAAUUAUAAUGAUAAUGAUGGUAUUUUAAAUUAAUUUGAUGAAUCAAAUAAAAAGUUAUUACAUGAUCUCAUUAUUAAAUAUAAAAAUAUGUGGGCUAAUAAUGGUGAUUAAUUGAGUUUCUUAUAUUCUGGAUCAGGAAGUACUAUAUCAGAAAUGGCAAGAGAAGGAAAAAGGGGAUUUAUGGGUAUGCUUAAAGAUGGAUAUAAUAAUAUAGAAAGAUUUUAUAAUCGUUAAUUUGAAGAUGAUACUAAAUAAAAUACAAUAAAUUAAUUAUUAAUAGGAUCAGAUGUUAAUACUCAUUUUGAUAAAUGGAUAAUUGAAUAAGAAAAAUAAUAUUGUGUAAAUCAUGAAAUAUCUGUAUUGUUAGUAACUUGGAAUGUUGGUGGAAAUCAUCCUAUAACAACUGAUUUUUCUAAUAAUAUCCUAAAUUUAUAAGAUAAUAAAUUAUCAAAUCCAGAUAUUAUUGUAUUUGGACUUUAAGAAAUUGUUGAUUUAAAUCCAUAAAAUAUUGUUAUUAUGAGUAAUGAAAAAACAAUUUAAUUAUGGAAUAAUAUAUUUUAACAAAAUCUAGAAAAAUUAGAAUCAUAUGCUAAAAUUGCUGAAUCUGAUUUAGUAGGUUUAUACAUAUCUAUUUUUGUUAAAACAUCAUAAAUUUCAAGAGUAACCAAAAUUGAAACAGAUGUAGUCAAAACUGGAUUAAGAGGAACUCUUGGUAAUAAAGGAAGUGUACUUGUUAAAUUUAAAUUUGAUGAUUCAUUAGUAUAUAUAUAUAUAAUUAUUUUAGAUUGGAUUCAAUUGUUGUCAUAUGACUUCAGGUAAUAAAAAAAAUUAGUAUAGAUUAUAAGAUAUUGAAGAAAUUCAUUCAAAAGCAUUUUAAAAUUCAAAAUAUAAAACUAAUUUGAAUAAUUUAGAUUAUUCAUUUUUUUUUGGAGAUAUGAAUUUUAGAAUUGAUUUAUCUUAUCAAGAUACUGUUGAUAAAAUUAAAUCAUAUUUAUCAUAUAUCUCUAAAGAUUAAAAUCAUCCUUAAGCUAAACAAAUAUUAUAUUAUUUGAUUAAUUAAGAUUAAUUAAUUAAAUCUAGAGCAUAAAAUCAAAAUUUAUAAUACUAUUAAGAAGGUGUUAUAGACUUUUUACCAACAUAUAAAUAUGAUAAAAAUUCUUAAAUUUAUGAUACAUCCAAAAAAUAAAGGACACCUUCUUGGUGUGAUAGAAUUUUGGCUAGACAUAAAGAAGGAACUAAACUUGAAUAAAAAUUUUAUAAAAGAAAUGAAUGUUUAGAUAGUGAUCAUAGACCAGUAUCAAGUUAUUAUGUAAUCGAAGUUAAAAAAAUUGAUAAAGAUAAAUUAAAUUAGAUUAAAGCAUAAUAUUGUCUCUCCAAAAUGUAAUAAUCUAAAUAAAAUUAAUAAAUUUCUAAUGAAUAAACAAAACCAUAGUAAUAGUAAUAAUAUUUUGAUUAAGGUAAAUAGGAUGAAAAUUCAUAAUUUAUUAUAUAAUAAUAAUCUGAUAAUUAAAAUAUUGGUUAAUAAUAAUAAUAAUAAAAAGAAAUUAAUGAUUAAACUUAAUAGAACUAAGAGUAUUCACUUUAAACAAUAUUAACUAAGAAUUAACCAGAUUAAAUUACAUAAGAGUAACUUUAGUGA